AUGGAAAAUUAUACAGUGACGAUUCUAGGAUGUGGUGUGAUGGGUACGGCGGUUCUUUCUUCGAUGCUAAAGUCAUCAUUCGAGCCCUUCCCUCAAAAGUUCAUCUGCUGUACCGGUAGCAGUAGGUCUGCAGAGAAGUUGAAAACUGCUUACGGUGAUAGAAUUGAAGUUUCCUAUGGAUCACAAAAUGUUGAGGCUGUUAGAAAGGCCGAUAUCAUCAUUUUAGGCUGCAAACCUUACAUGUGCGAACAUAUUAUGGACUCUGUGGCCGAUGGCUUGAAUGGAAAGCAGUUGAUUAUUUCGUUACUAGCGGGCUGGACGAUUGAUCAAUUAAAGACGUUUUCACCUUACAUUGCUCGGGUGAUGACUAACACUCCAGCAAAAUAUGGAUGUGGUAUGGCUAUUGUUUCAUUCUCUGAGGAGGCAAUGAAAUAUGAAGACAUAGUUAUGAAGAUGGUUGGCACGGUUGGCAAGGCAAAGAAAUUGCCUGAGAGUAAUAUGGACGCGGCAACUUCAUUGGUUGGAUCCGGUCCUGCCUUCUGUCUUGUUAUGAUGGAGGCCCUUGCAGAAGGAGGCGUUAGAAUGGGUAUUCCCUACGAUGUCGCCAAGGAGUGUGCUGCUAAGGUUAUGGAGGGUACUGCAAGGAUGGUUAUGGAGACAGGAGAACAUCCGGAGGUUUUGAAGGCUUCCGUUUGCACUCCUGGUGGAACUACUAUCGGUGGAUUAAUGGUGAUGGAGGAUAAGGCCGUUAGAAGUGGAAUUAGUAGAGCCGUAGAAGAGGCUGCCAAAAUUGCCUCUGCCUUAGGAAAAAAGUGA